AUGAGAAGUGUGUUAAUAAGUAUUUUAAGCAGUGUGAUGUUUCUAUUAACCAAAAUUAUUUUUGUAAUUAUUGGAGUAAGAUGUGAAGAUACUAUAAACAGUGAAGAGAUAACUACUUCUAUAGAAGAACUUAACUCUCUAUUUAGGAACAUUCAAAUCAAUUUUUUAAAAGAAGUUUUUAUAAACAUAACAGAGAAUGAUAAAAAGUUUUUUGAAAAAGAAAAAGAUUUAAAAAAGUGUCUUGAUGAGUUAAAUGAAAUUAAGUUGAAUGAUACAGAUUUUAAAAUAAAAAUGGCUAAAUUUUUUUACAAAACAUUUAAAGUAGUAAGUAAUGAUAAUAUAUUUUUGGAAAUAGACGACCUUAGUUUUUUAAAAUUUUUUGAUAUUUACUCCCUUAAAUUAGCUAAUGAAAUGUUUUUGACUUAUAAAUAUGAUAAUUUUCAAACUUUAACGGUUGAUGAGAAGAAAGAAAGUAUUAGAAAAUUAAAAAAAGAAAAUUUUUAUUUGUAUGCAAUAGUAGCUAAACGAUUAGAUAUAAUAGAGGUUGGUUGUAAAUAUCAAAAAUACGACAAAAUGAAAGAAUUUUUAUUAGGGUCAAAUUACGAUCUGAACUCUAAAUGUUUAAUACCUAUUUUAAAAGAUUUUCCAAAAUUAUUUGAAAAAAAUGACUCAAUAAUACUUAAGAAAUUAAUUGACAUGAUUUUUUAUUACGACGAAAAAGUAGAUCAAAUAAAUGUAUUUACUGCUAAAGUAGAUAAAAAAGAACUAUCUUUUUAUAAUGAAGAUUUUGAUGUAAUAUUAAGUAAGUUUGAUAUUGAUUUAAAUAGUUUUAUAAAAAAUGGAGAAGAAAUACAAAUUUUAUUUAAUGAAAUCGUUAAUGUUUUAGAAUUAUUUAAGAAAUGUUUAUUGGUUUUAAAUCAGAAAGAAAGUAAAUUAAUAGAUGUGAAAAAAUCAAUUAAAAUUUUAAUUUCUAAAAUUCAAAAAAAAUUGUUUUUUUAUGUGUUUAAUGUUUUUCAUGAAAGUGAUAAAGUUUUUAGAAUGCUUUACAAAGUUAAAGAAAAAUUAGUGAAAUUUUUUAAUAAUCUUGAGUCUAAUGAUUCUACGAAUAAUUAA